UGUGUUUAAGACAGUACAAAUUCUUGAUUCUUGUUUUCUUUUCAAAGAACAAAAUAGUAUUUUACAUUUUAUAUAGAUGAUACUUAUUUUGUCUUCACUCAAUUCUUGUUUUUGCGUGGCAUUGUUUAUUGUUUGGGGGUGGCCUGCUGAGGGCAGAACUCAAUACUCAUUGAUUAAUCAUAUUGCUUUUAUCCUUAUAAAAUUCUUCUUUCCUGUACCUUUUUGUGUAUUGUAGACAGAACAGGAAAUAAAAAUACACUACAAAAAGGACUUGUGGACAUGUUUUCACAAAUAUCUAAUCUCGUUAGUGAUAUUAGUUGAUUAUAGUUUUUAAUACGUAUAAUCAAUCCUAACUUUUUAAAGUUUAGAUAAACCAACAUGUAAUUUAUGCCAUUAUCAUUGCUACUAUUUUACUUAUGGAUCUUGUAUUUACAAUUUAAAAAAUAACCUCUUAUAUUUGAUUUGAAUGCUACCCAAAUUCACGUGAUAAAUUUCUCAUUGAGCCAAAAAGUUUGUAGACUAUGAACGAUUGCUUUACAUAAACUAGUCACCUCUGUACCUCAUGCAGUACUUUUAUAAGUUAAUUCUUACAAGUCUCGUUUAAUAGUACUUUAUUCUAUUCAUUAACCAAUAAUACUAAAGAUCUGUUUAUUAGAUUUUAAACAACUUACAGGUCUGCAAAGUAUAGUACGCACUACGUACUCCUACACAAAGUGUAUACACACACACUUUAAAUAGUAAUAGUGCUUGGCUGUUGAUAACUGAUAGUGGUAUAAAGUGAAUACAUUGCCACAAACUGUUUUAACAGUUAACAGACUACCAAUAUUCAUGUAUAAGCCUACCAAUAAUAUUAAUUGUAUAAGAGGAUUUUAUUGAAAUUACUAAUCCUCAUGUGUAAUAUUGUUUUGUUUUCAGGAUAGAUGCACCAUAAUUGAUAGCCACCCAAAAAUGUGCUAAUUUACAACAUGGAUGACAACCCUUUUAAAUGUUCCCUGAGCAGCUAUACAAGCGUGAAAAGUGUGCAAUUAAAAAGGCAUAUGUUAAAAACGCACACAGGAGAGAAAAAAUUUAAUUGUUCCCUGUGCAACUAUGCAACUAUAAGAAAAGGGAAUUUACAAACACAUAUGUUAACGCACACAGGAGAGAAAAAAUUUAAGUGUUCCCUGUGCAACUUUGCAAGUAUAAGAAAAGGGAAUUUACAAACACAUAUGUUAACUCACACAAGUGAGAAACAAUAUAAGUGUGCCUUAUGCAACUAUGCUAGUAUUACAAAACAACAGUUACAAAACCAUAUGCUUACUCACACAAGUGAAAAACCAUUUAAGUGUCCUUUGUGUAUGUAUUCAAGCAUUACGAGAAUUCGUUUAAAGACCCAUAUGUUAGCUCACACAGGUGAGAAACCAUUUAAGUGUUCCCAGUGUAUCUUUUCAAGCACUACAAAGGGAAGUCUAAAAACACACAUGUUAACUCAUAAAGUUGAGAAACCAUUUAAGUGUUCCCAAUGCAGCUAUGCAAGUGUUACAAAACAGCAGUUACAAAAACAUAUGUUUACUCACACAGAAGAGAAACCAUUUAGGUGUUCGCUGUGCAUCUAUUCAUGUACUCUGAAAUCGGAUCUAAAAACACAUAUAUUAAAUCAUGCAGGUGAGAAACCGUUUAAGUGUACCCUGUGUAUCUAUUCAUAUACUCGUAAGGAGCAUCUAAGAAGACAUAUGUUAACUCAUACAGAAGAGAAGCUGUUUAAGUGUUCCCUGUGCACCUAUUCAUGUACUCAGAAGGAGUAUCUAAGAAGACAUAUGUUAACUCAUACAGAAGAGAAGCUGUUUAAGUGUUCCUUGUGCACCUAUUCAUGUACUCAGAAGGAGUAUCUAAGAAAACAUAUGUUAACUCAUACAGGCGAGAAACCAUUUAAGUGUUCCUUGUGCGACUAUGGAAGUAUUUUGGAAAGUAAUAUACAGAGGCAUAUGUUAACUCACACAGGUGAGAAACCAUUUAAGUGUUCCCUAUGCAUCUAUUCAUGUAAUCAGAAGGUGCGUCUAAGAAAUCAUAUUUUAACUCAUACAGGCGAGAAACCAUAUAAGUGUUCCCUUUGUGACUAUGGAAGUAUUGUGAAAAGUAAUGUACAGACGCAUAUGUUAACUCACACAGGAGAGAAACCGUUUAAGUGUCCCUUGUGCAUAUUUUCUAGCACUGCAAGGGCACACCUAAAAAAACAUGCUAAAUCACACAGGUGAGACACCAUUUCAGUGUUUCCUUUGCCCAUAUUCAUGCACUCAGAAGGGGAAUCUAAGAAGACAUAUGUUAACUCAAACAGAAGAGAAACUGUUUAAGUGUUCCCUGUGCACCUAUUCAUGUACUCAAAAGGAGUAUCUAAGAAUGCUUAUGUUAACUCAUACAGGUGAGUUAACAUUCAGUGCAUCUGUUAAUGUGCUCAUAAGGUGCAUCUAAAUACUCAUGUUAAGGACUGUGCCUGUGCAGCUAUAAGUAUACUUCAAGUUCGGGCUUAAGAAAACAUUUGUUAACUCACACAGUUGAAAAACUAUUUGAAUCGUUUCUGUGCAGCUUUAAGUGUACUGAAUCAGAAUUAAAAGUGCAUACGUUAACUCAUAGGUGAGAAACCAUUUAAGUAUUCCCGGUGCAACUUCAAGUCCAUCAGGGUGAGUUAAGACACCUGUCAACUCACAGGUUAGAAACCAUUUAAGUGGUAGCUGUGCAGUUUUAAGUGUACCUUAAGUUCGUGUUUAAGGAGCCAUAUGUUAACUCACAUAGGUUAGAAAACAUGUCAAUGUUUUGUGUGCGACGGAAUUUACAAGCACUCUUAAUUAGAAUUUAAAAUAUAUUCUCAAACAAUUGAUAAACCACUUGAGUCUACCUAAUUGAUAUAAUCCUUCACUAAGAGGGUGAGUCUAAACACACACAUUAAUUCACAGAGGUAAGAAAUUAUUUAAGUUCUGUCUUGAGUAGCUGUAACACAAUGAACACAAUGCCAUAAAAUAAUAAGAAUAUAUUUAUUCAUAAAAGUGUUACGUACAUAUUUUUAAACAAGUUACAAGAAUUGUAAACUAAUAACUUAAGAAUCAAUUUAACAAUAUUUAGUACUUAACACAGAUUUAAAUAUACCACUUGCAUGAUGACUCUUACAUAAAUAAACUAAAAGUAAAACAGGAAACACUUCAGUUAUAUGAUUAUUCUACCAAAUAUUUUAAUGAAACAUACUUUUAUGAAUAUAUAGUAUAAAUAAAGGCAAAGCCUGUUCAGAGGUUCCGUCAUACUAAAUUAAAUUCAUGAUAGCUCAGAUAGAAUGUUGACAAUUAAUUUUGAUUAGAAAAACUCAUGUUUAUCAAAUAUCUAUGUUACUUCUAAAAGUAUACUUAUGUGCAACUCUGAUCCGAAUAAAACGUUUUAAUAAUUGGUAUGCAGAAAACAAUUCUGUGGUGUUCGGGAAAAAGGGGAUAAGUGCCGUUUUAUUAACUUGCGGGAAAUGUAAAAACAAAGUUUGAAUGUUUAUUGUAAAUCUGGUUAUUAUUGACUGAGUUCAUAAUAUAUUGUUUUUAAUUCUAUAACUAAUGCACUGUUUAAAUAUAUAAUUAUCUUAGCUAAAUAAUUGUUCAGUAUUUUUUUAUUAAUUUUUUUAAAAGUUUUUGUACAACUUAUCCCCUUUUACCCCAAACCUUUGAAUACAUAUCCCCUUAUUCUCUAAAUAUUUGUGAUUUAUAUCUCAUUGAGACAAGUGAAUAAUAACAUGAAAUACAGUACAUAAUCUUUAAUAAACAUUUCCUACAUGACUAGUACAUGUACGUUGGCUACAUCAGUCUUCACUCUCUUGACCUUCAUUGGUUAUAUCUGGGAGAAUGUCUGGUUUGUCAGUUGAUGGAAGGUUGUUGUAGUAGUCAUGGAAUACGGUUGGUAUGAGAUUUAGCAUACUGAUUAAAUCUUUUUUCUUCUUUUCAGAGAUCGGGAUUCUUCCAAUAUAUGAUAGCGGUGGCAUCAACUUGUUUCUUGACUGCCCUGCUUUGAUCACUGAGAUGGAUUUGAAUGGUACAUCUUCAUCCAAAGUGUCUUUGUAGAGUACUCUAUGUGAAUUUUUAGUGAAUCGCAUCCACUUUACAUUUCGCCCUUGUCAUCAUAGAUUUUUCCAUUCCUCACAGGAAUCCGUAGGGGUCUAGUCUUUUCUUGACUUGUUUCAUACAGGCCAGCGUACUGGAAAGAAUCCUGCUUUUGCAUUUCCACAACUUUAAAUUUAGUCUUUCCUCCAGUUUGACGAACUAGUUGCAUCCAAUCAUGAGGAUGGAAAAUGGGUGCAUCUAGUUUUUUCUUUCUUUUUUCUAUUUGUGGAUGGUCACCAUCGCAUUCCAUAUGUGUAUGUCCAGGUAUCAAGAAUUUGUGAUCAAUGGUUUCCAAAUGGGUAUGAUUUUUCACUGUUGAGAGGAACAUGGCAAGCAUAUUUGGAUUUCUAUUCUGGCCUCCGCAUGUGUCUGAAUACAAAAUAACAUGUUUCAGCUGUUCAGGAAUAUUGUUUAGGUGUUUACCCACACACGACCCUAUCUGAUUUGAGCCUCUUCCUCCAUCUACUUCACUCCACAUAUAGCAGUAAGCUUGGUUGUCUUUGAUGUCAUGGAUUGUCAAAUUGAAGGUCCAUAAUUGACGUUUGUAAAAUACCACUGAAGACUAAAGAUGAGGGGUUGGGAGACAUUGUUGAAGGCCAAAGGUUAAUGUAGUAGAUUUGUCAUCAUUCAUGGUUUUCUUUUUGUCAUUCUCUUUAGACGUGUAAGUUCUGUCUGCUAACUCAUGAUGUUUUGCUAAUGCAUCCUCAACCAGGGUUUUCUCAUCACCCUCAGUGCACUGUUUCUGCAUAGCAAGUUUGUCACAUGUAUCAUUUUUAGGAGAUUUUAUCAACAAAUUCAUUUGAUGGAACAAUUUUUCAUAUACUGUCCGACUUACUGGAGGAUUGGAUGUACAUUUUUGUUUAUACUCCUUAUAUAAAGAUGAUAAAGUGUAAUGAGAAGGCAGAUACCGCUUCUCAGAAUGUCUUCGAGAGUAAUGACUCUCGUAAGACGGUACUGACAAAAUGUGGUCUCGAGCACUCUUAAUUACUUCAUCAGCUAAAGCAUUUGUUGGUUUAUUUUUUCCUCUGCCAUCGUUUGCAACUACACCAGCAAUGGAAUUUUGUGACUUGGAACAUACUACUUCCAGAAACUUAGCACUUAAAUCAAAAACUCUCAUAAAGCAUUUCUUACAAAUUUGACAAAGCUCACCUGAGAUGCGUAAAUGAUACUCAUGUGUAACAGAUCUAUUCUUUUGUUUCUGUGUAGGAUCAACUACGUUUUGUUUUGAAUGUACCUUCUCGUGAGUGAUAAGACUAGCAAUGUAAAAAGUUCUUUUAGAAUAUUCCCCUAUAUUCCAAAACUCAUGGAAUAACUUUCUAGUGUCUUUCUCCACAAAGUGCUAUUUACAUUUACGUUUAGAAUCCUCCAAAGGUCUCCAUUUUUUCCCUUUAAUGUUUUUACCACUUUCUGUUUCAUAUUCCUUUCCUGUAUUUCUACUUAACUUUCUCAUUUCCCUAAGCUUCCUAGAUCUACCUUUUAAACUAACCCUUUCUUUUCUCUUUUUAAAAGGUAUAUCAACACCUACUUGAAUUUCCUGUAACAUUUCAGCUUCCACCACCAAGCUUUAGUGUCAACAAUCAGAGAAAUAUAAAAUGGUGGGAAAGUAUGGAGUCAAUUUCUCAGCUGUUAACUAUCAGAUGAGUGCUUUUUUCAACAUGUGUUUUUCUAACUUAUCCCAUUUUACACAAAUAUUGAGUUUGAUAGUGUCGCCUUUUGUGUUCGGGUAAAAAGGGAUAAGUUGACAUAUCCCAUUCUUCCCAAAGAGUAAUUCUCCCUCAGUGAAAUAACUCCUUUUUCACAAGUAAAUAGAACCUCCUAAUAUUCUCUUAGAACUUAUCCCGUUAUACCCAAACACAGCUGGGAAUCUCAUGAACACGAUACUAUACUUAACUCAUUUUGCACAAAAAAUGAACUUAUCCCCUUUUUCCCGAACACCACAGAAUUUAUAUUCUGUUUACUUAAUAGUCAUAAUUUCAAUAGUUUUGAAAAAUAUGUUUUUUUUAAUUACUUAUAUCUUUUGGUAUUGUAUUAAAUAUUUUAGGUCCUAAAAACAAUAGCUUUUUCUAAAAAUAGUUAAAUUAGGUUUUGGAACUGCUACUUUGUCUUUGUGCCUUAAUUUAUUUUUGUAGAUAUUAAUUAAUACAGGCAAAUUACCACUAGUGACA